GAUGGAAUCGAUUGAAGACAUCUCUGCAUUCUUGGGCAUGAUUAAGUUUGACAGUGUAGUGAACACAAUGAUCAUGCUCCCCUGUUGUUCAAGGUGAAUCUUCUCGGAGAAAUGCUAUGUGCUAUGUUCCAGUAAUCAAAGUGUCAACAGUGAACUACAAAGUUAGAGCUGACCUUCCGAUCUCCUCUGACGCCCGAGAGCAGAAACCCCUAUACUAUGAUGUUUUGUACUAUCCCGCAUUUGAUUCCCUCCUCCGUGAUCCAAACUCCCAAGCAACGUAGAAGGACUGACAGAACAUGAAACAGUAGAUCUGAUACAUUGCGUCGAAAGAAAUUUGAUGAAAUGUAUGAUCUGAGAGUGGCAGAAAUCUAGGAAAAAUAUCAGAUCAGGCUUUAUGGCAGAUGAGAUUGCAGUGGGACAAAGGUGGGCAUGGUGAUCACAUGGCUCCUUGGCCCCAGCAAGAACCAUGCUGCCUCACACUUGGCUGUCACUCCCAAGUCUCGAUAUCAAGGCAUGCAGAGCAUCUGAGCUCCUGUUGCAUGCUACCUCUUUUUCAUGGCAGCCUUUUCCCUCACCCUUUCCUCUCAUCUUUGGCCAUGGCAUACUUAUAAUACAUGUUCGUAAUAGCCCUCUCCCACCACCUUAACACAAACAAAGGAACACUCUAGCCCAACUCACCACCAUGUUACUUGUUACUUGCGCUUCUUGGCCUCAUAUGGCAACCUUGUCUUGUUGUUUUGCUUGCGCUGAGGCCUUUAAGACUCCCCUAAGCAGCUUCUUCCUCUCCCCCACGCAAGAAAAGCGAGUUUGGUCUUCAUGUGUUUGUUUAUGUCUGAGGUUUCCUUGGAGUGGGUGUCCGUAGAUAGCUAAUUUACAGAAAGAAAAUGGCGCUGGAAGCUGCGGUGUUCCAACACGGCUUCGCCAUGAAGGAGAUUCACAACAUGGGAGGUGCAGCAUGGCGCUAUGACUUUGGUGCUGGUCCGUUGCAAGAGGAGGAGAAGAGAGUCCUGAUAGAGUGCGAGAUAGGUGGUGGUGGCGGCGGCGAAGGUCGGGAGGUGGUUGAUGGAAAGCGUGGGUGUAAUUGGGACACUUGUUGCUCCACCAUAGCGCAAAACCCCGACGAUUGGGAUGUGAAACCAUCGUCGCCGGCGCCGAAGAAGACCGGGGAGGAACUCGGCGCGGCUGCUGUUUUCCAAGAGGCGGUGGCAGGCCGGCGGAAGAGGCGGCGGGUUAAGAGAUUCAAGAACAAGGAAGAGGUGGAGAACCAGAGGAUGACUCACAUUGCGGUGGAGCGCAACCGGCGGAAGCUGAUGAACGAGUACCUCGCGGUGCUCCGGUCGCUCAUGCCGGCCUCCUACGCCCAAAGGGGUGAUCAAGCUUCCAUAGUUGGAGGUGCCAUAAACUUCGUUAAAGAGCUCGAACACCUGGUCCAAUCUCUCGAGGCUCGGAAGCGGAUCAGAGGAAGAUCUCAGGCAGCUCCUUUUGCUGACUUCUUCACCUUCCCUCAGUACUCCUCAAGCCCCUCAAGCACUGCCAGCGAUGGCAGCACCGGCGACGCGGUGGCGGACAUCGAGGUCACCAUCUUUGAGAGCCAUGCCAACAUCAAGAUCUUCUCGAGGUGGCGACCCAGGCAGCUGCUGGAGUUGGUGCUGGGAUUGCAAGGCCUGCGGCUGACGACGCUACACCUCAACGUGACCACCGUCGACGAAAUGGUUCUCUACUGCUUCAGUCUCAAGGUUGAAGAUGAUUGCCAGUGUACAUCGGUGGAUGUGAUUGCCACAGCAGUCCACCAAAUAAUUGUAAGUGUCGAGGCGGAGGCUGCUCAAAACUAAUCCUAUGAUAUCAUAAUUGUAUGCGCUAUUA